AUGAUAUAUAUUCUGAAGAUUGUAUGCAACGCAGAAAAGAAUUCAAAAGAGUCAGAGCGUGAAUGGACAAAUACAAGGUUAUUCCGUAACAACAAUACCAUCACUGCAAGUAAAAUUAAUGAAAGAGAAGGCUGCUCGUAUUUUACUUGGAAUUUCAUAAGCGGGGCCCUGGAUUUGCUUGAAAUCCAAACGGGGUGCUUUGAGAAGUUGAUUAUCGUAAAUGGAGGUCAAGCAUUUAAGAGGAAGGAAUCUGCAAGUAGAGCUGAUGGGAUUGCUGUUAAUGGAGAAGGCCAUCAGAUCUACCUUGCAGAAGCUGCACUCCUUAAUGGAGCGAUACGAAAUACAGAGUUGUUUACAAUGUUAUUGACCCCUACUCAUCAGUUGGAAAAAAUGAAGACAGGAGUAAAAGAAGAGUGGAGAAUGAAGUGGAUCGUGCAGAAACAAAUCAUGAAACUAUCACUGCAAAGCGAUUGA